AUGCCGCUGAACGCCCUGCUUACUGCAUCCAUCGAGUACGAGAUCGUAGCGCGCUCCUUGCCUCUGACGGGCAAAGUUCUGGCGGCAUACCUCGAUGCCUCCGGAACGCGCGUCGGGUUGGGCAUCGGCAACCCCAAUGCUGAGCUCACCCCGGAUAUGUCGGCUCGUGCGUUAGCUUCAGAGGGUGGUAGCGCAAAGGUCGUCUGGGGCUCGCGAGCUGGUGAUGUGCUUUUCACGACUGCCCCGAGAGCAACGGAGACUGGCCGCAGAAGCGCGGCCGAAGUCCGAAGAUGUGGUGUCAUCGAUGAACACGAAGGCGCUGUCACAUUGGAUGCGAAAUGGGUUGACGUUCAACGUUCAACGUUCAGGUCGGAUGGGUCCUUACUGCAGGAGCUGAUGGAUGCGGCAAUUGAGCUUUGGGACGCGAAGACUGCGUCCUGCAAUUGGACUUCUCACCAAGUCUUGAGCACCUCCGUUCCUGAUGCAUGCCUCAAAGUCGGUGGAUCCACCACCUGUGGCUACGUCGUUGCAGUCUCCGAAGCGGCGACAUCCACGUUUGGACAGGAUUCGACUUUGGAGAAGGAAAAGGAGAGGGACGUGGAGAGCGUGAUGGUGGACAAGUGGACGCGCGGCACGCUGAGGUGCGUCAGCAAGGCGGUGGAGAAGCGGACGGGGAAGGGGCUGGAUUUGGACUUGGGGAGGUUGAAGGGGUUAAUGGGGAACGUUGGUGUGAAUGCACCCAGUGCUGAGGCGCAAAUAUGA